AUGAAGCUCGUAAGGUUUCUGAUGAAAUUGAACAACGAAACGGUCUCGAUCGAACUCAAAAACGGCACUGUUGUUCACGGAACCAUCACUGGCGUGGAUAUUAGCAUGAACACACAUUUGAAGACAGUGAAACUAACGCUGAAGGGGAAAAACCCUGUAACUCUUGAUCAUUUGAGUGUCAGGGGCACCAACAUUCGGUAUUAUAUCCUUCCUGACAGCUUAAAUCUUGAAACUCUGCUUGUAGAGGAGACACCAAGGGUCAAGCCCAAGAAGCCAACAGCAGGUAUUGCACUUCCCUCUCUGGCUUCAUUUUAA